UAUAACUCUGUGCUGUUGAUGAGGCGUGGUCCUAUUUGUCCUUUCUGUUGACAGCAUGCAAGACGACAGUUUAGAAACUUCUACUUCAAUAUCUCAACUUCUGAGAGAGAGUUAUUUAGCUGACACUAAACAUCAAGGGAACAGUGAAAGAAGUAGAUCAGAACCAUCUCCACACACUAUCCAUUAUGGCAAUACUUCUGGGAAUUCAGAUGAGGUAACUGCCCAAGAUGACCUUCCAGAUCUCUCUGCCUUUCUGAGCCAAGAAGAGUUAGAUGAAAGUGUAAAUCUGGCAAGACAAGCAAUUGAUCAGAAUCCACCUGAAAGUAAGCAGGAUGAACAACUGACAUAUUAUCCCUCUGAUCAGCUGAAAAACUCUGUGAGAAAAGUUUCAAAUAAACAAGUGGCCCAGUCUACAGCUUUGCCAACUUCAGACAAUGCUCUGCACUCAAACUUCUGUCAUGAUCAUGUCAGUGGUUCCAAGAAGAGCUCUCAGGAUCUAAAGAAACAACAGCUUCCUUCUGAAGCUGAAUCAAAGAAAGAAUUCCUAAAUAAGGCAGCAGAUUUUAUUGAAGAGCUUUCCUCACUUUUCAAAGCACAUAAUUCAGAAAGAAUAAGACCUAGAACAUGCAAAAACUACAGGAGCAAACUUGAUUCUAAAAACAAGGAUGCUCAAAAAGGUAGCUCUAGUUUCCCAACUCUAUCAGAAAACAGAGAGAGACUUUCUAUUCCAACACCUGAAGACUCUGACAAUAACUCAGAGCAUGCACUUGAAAAAACAGAUGAUCAACAAGAGGCAAACUCUGAAGCUAUGAAUCAAUUGGCAAACACGGAGUCAGCACCUACAUCCUUCUAUUCUGAUGAGCCUAUUGGACAACCACCACGCUUUACUCAGAAACUGAAGAGCAGGGAAGUUCCUGAAGGAACCAAAGUGCAAUUGGACUGCAUUGUAGUAGGAAUUCCAGCACCUGAAGUCAGGUGGUACUGUGAGGGAAAGGAGCUUGAAAACUCACCAGACAUUCAAAUUGUUCAGUCAGGGGAUCAGCACUCAUUGGUUAUUGUUGACGCUUUUGAAGAGGACACAGGACGUUAUUCUUGCUUUGCUUCAAACAUCUAUGGGACAGACUCAACUUCUGCAGAGAUUUACAUAGAAGGUGCCUCUUCAUCUGAAUCUGAAGGUGAAAUUAGCAAAGAGGAAAUGGAUCAGGUCCAGAAACCAACUGAUGUGUCUUCGAAUGUGCCAUCUCCUGUUAUGAAUGCUACCACUACCCAUCAAGAGCCACCUAAAGUGCCAUCUCCAGUGGUUCGGCCUGUGUCAAUACCUGUUCAGCAGGUUCAAAGCCCUACUAACUAUUUGCAAGGAUUGGAUGGAAGACCCAUAAUAGCUGCUCCUGUAUUCACAAAGAUGCUGCAAGACAUUUCAGCUUCUGAGGGUCAACUGGUAGUUUUUGAAUGCCGUGUAAAAGGAGCUCCUUCUCCAAAGGUUGAAUGGUACAGAGAAGGGACGCUGAUAGAAGAUUCUCCCGAUUUUAGAAUCUUACAGAAAAAACCUCGCUCUAUGGCCGAACCAGAGGAGAUUUGUACUUUGGUAAUUGCUGAGGUGUUUUCAGAAGAUUCUGGGAGUUUCACAUGCACUGCAAGCAAUAAAUAUGGCACAGUCUCUAGCAUCACUCAUCUAACAGUUAAAGGGCCUGAAGACAACAGUAAUACUGCUACCCUUCAUACAAUGAGCUCAAUCAAUUUAAUUGCAACUGAACAACAACCUUCCCUACACAACCCUUCACUCCCCAUGGUGGACCAGCCCCCAAAGCCUAAACUGGAAGGGGUUCUUGUCAAUCACAAUGAACCCAGGUCAAGUUCCAAGAUAGGCCUCCGGGUACACUUUAAACUGCCUGAAGAUGAUAAAGGAAGUGAAACAUCAUCUGAGGAUGGAGUUGGGUCUACAAACCAAAUCAGACCUGGCUACUUCCAAGACAGGACUAAUGGUCAGUCAAUAAAGAUACCAGAACCCACCUCACCUUCCAAAGAGCCUCCUCCAGUACUGGCCAAACCAAAACUAGAUGCCACCCAGUUACAACAGCUCCAUAACCAGGUCUUGCUGGAACAGCAGCAGUUACAUCAUUCAUCUUUUACAUCUCCAAGGGAGUUGCCAUUCAACACAGGAACAUUGAACUCUGCUACUUCAGUCAACCAGAAGCCUUCAUCAACGUUGUACAAGCAGGCCAAAGUUUCUCCUUCACAGACAUUCAGUUAUACCCGACCUAAACAGUUCCUUGCAUCCCAGAACAUCACACCACCUAUCAACUCCCCUUCCAGCUCCCCAGUGCCUGCAUUCAGCAAUGUGUCUCAAGGAAUCCAGAGAGAAAAUGACAAAGAGAAUCUCAUGGGACCUCCUCAGCCAGUCCAAUCAAGGUCUCCAGGAGGGUUUACAAAUAAAACUGAAUCAUCUCCAGUAAGCCCCAAAGAAUCAGUGUCGCCUCCAUUAUUGCUCUCUAUAUCCAACAUGAACCAAUUUCAGCCCCUGAGUGUAAUUCCAAAUCCUCUCUCUCCAACCAGCCGUAUUCAGAACCCAGUUGCCUUUCUCAGCUCAGUCCUGCCUUCACUUCCAUCUACACCACCAACCAAUGCUAUGGGUCUGCCUAGGAGUGCACCAGCUGCAUCGACUCAGGGACUACCCAAGAAAAAUCUAAAACCUCUGCAGUUAGCAACAGAUGAUUAUAUCAGAGACAAUAAAGCAGCAGUUGUUAAAGAUCUGGAGAGAAAGCUGCAUUUCAAAGAGGACUUUAAUCAACAUAGUAUUCAGCAGGAGUACAAGAUUUCACACUUUGAGCAGAGACUGAUGAAUGAAAUAGAGUUUCGUCUUGAACGCACCCCAGUGGAUGAAUCAGAUGAUGAAAUCCAACAUGAUGAAAUCCCUACAGGCAAGUGCAUAGCACCAAUCUUUGACAAGAGGCUCAAGCAUUUCCGGGUCAUGGAAGGAUCUCCUGUUACAUUCACCUGCAAAAUUGUUGGAAUACCAGUGCCCAAGGUAUAUUGGUUCAAGGAUGGAAAGCAGAUUUCAAAGAAGAAUAACCAUUUCAAGAUGAAGAGAGAAGGAGAUGGAACAUGUUCUUUACAUAUUGAAGAUACUACAAAUGAUGACGAUGGAAACUAUACAAUUAUGGCUGCCAAUCCACAAGGGAGAAUCAGUUGCUCUGGCCACUUGAUGGUUCAAACUAUUCCCGUACGUGGACGAUUAUCAACAACUAUUCAGUCUCACAGGACUAGGUCCCGAGUGCCAGAAGGAGAUAAAGAACCGAUGCAAGAACGCUUUUUCCGGCCCUAUUUUCUACAAGCACCUGGAGAUAUGGUAGCUCAUGAAGGGCGACUUUGUAGACUGGACUGUAAGGUGAGUGGGUUACCAACUCCAGACCUGAUGUGGCUCCUGAAUGGCAAACCUGUGUUACCAGAUGCCACCCACAAGAUGCUGGUCAGAGAGAAUGGAAUUCACUCUUUGCUUAUUGAUCCCCUUACACAAAAGGAUGCAGGAACUUACAUGUGCAUUGCAACCAACAGAACAGGACAAAACUCAUUUAGCUUGGAGCUUACUGUUGUAGCAAAGGAAGUCAAAAAAGCCCCAGUAUUCUUGGAGAAGCUUCAGAAUUGUGGGGUCCCUGAAGGGCACCCAGUCAGAUUAGAAGGCAGAGUGAUUGGAAUGCCACCGCCAGUGUUUUACUGGAAGAAGGAUAAUGAAACCAUCCCAGCACACAGAGAAAGGAUGAGCAUGCAUCAAGAUACAACAGGAUAUGUUUGCCUUUUGAUUCAGCCUGCCAAGAAAGCAGAUGCUGGUUGGUAUACUUUGUCUGCUAAAAAUGAAGCUGGUAUUGUGUCGUGCACUGCUAGACUUGACAUAUAUGCACAAUGGCACCAACAGAUCCCACAGCCAAUAAAGUAUCGACCAGGAGGCAACCGGUAUACAAACCUCGCUGGACAAGGACUUGACAUUUUUUCUGCCUUCCCAGCUGUUGAAAGCCCAAUGCUGUUUUCAUCCCCAUCUCAGAAUGUGGUGGAAAGUGAAGAACUUUAAAAACCUAUGGUUCCAAUUAUGCCUGCAGACAUACGAGAACUGUGAAAAAACAUAGAUGGUACAAGCCAACAUCUCCAGGGUUUACAAGCAACUUGUUUUUAGUGAGUGUACUGCUGCUGGAACUGCUGCAAGUAACAUACUGUAGAAGAUGUUUGCAUAAUAUUUUACUACAGGAUGACUGUAGUAUGGUGUGUAGUGCAGUAAGUUUGGUACUAUGCCUUUUUCUAAGAAUUAUAAAGCAAAGAGACAGUUUUCAGCACUUAAAAGCCUAUACCACAUUUUACUGCUUCAGUUAAAGCUACUGUACCUGUAACAAGCAAUGCUAAGGAUUUAUGGUAUUUAACUGGAUACAGCCAAUGAAAGCAGUGGCAUAAUGAUAGUUCUGAAAAAGGUGAACAACAUGACUUUGAACGUAAAGUGUGUCUGAUACUCACAAAGCACAAGUAAAAGGAAUGAAAAAAGCUGUAACAUCAUUUUUAUGUACUAGUAUACCAAAUGAUACUGAUUUGGUGAUCAAGAUUAGAUAAGUAUAGCAUUUCAUGUAGAUAAAGCUACCUACAAUGCAUAUUUAUAUUUGUGUGUACAUAUACUCCAUGACUUGUGUACCUAUGAUAUAUUGAACUAUUCAGUAAGAUACCAGGUAUGUGCUUAGGACGCUCACGUAUGAAACUCAGCAUCCUGUAUUGUAUUAAGCACAUUCUGUAGACAUCACAAAUGAAAAACUACUGUAUAUUUCCACACACGUUUCAUAUUUGUUCCUUUUCAGUUCUAGUGAUUUCCUGCUUUUAAAACACACACAGUGAAGAUCUUACACCUUUACCAUUUUUAAAUACAAUAGUUUUUUUCCAUCUAAGUUUUUGACAUACCCAGAAGAAAAAACAAAAACAAAAAAACCCCACAUCUUCCAUACAGUUCAUUUGCAGACCUGAUGAAAGAGGAAUUGUGGCCUGGUAUAAUUAAAAGGUCUUUCAGGAUCAUUUUAAAAACCUUAGUGUCAGGUAAGGUUAAAAUAGGGAAUGUCUCCUCAGUAACAUGCAAACAAGAUGCUAUUUAAGAAAGGGAGUGAUUGUAUAAAACGCUGAAGUGAGUAUUAUACCCUGAAAAAUAAUAGGCAAAAAGUGCAAUGAGUUAGAGACUCUUUCUUACAGCCUCAUAGUGAACUUAUUAGUUGAACAGUUUCAAGAUAUUUCUUUUUUAUAUUUCAUUAACACCUCCACUCAAGCUUUAGAGCUUUUGAAUGUAUAUGAUGGUUUCCUGCAUAUUUAAAUCCUUGCUGAGCUCUCUUUCUUGGACCUUGUUUUGAAACAGUUCUUUUCUGCUUUACAGAUGGUCAGAGAUUACCACAAAGUUCUAACUAGAUUUAUACAGGAAUAAAAUAUUACUUUCACUGAUAAUGUAAUUUUAGAUUUGAAUUCAAUUGUUUUUCAAUUCCAUGUUUCCUCACAGGUUAAAACAAGAUGGCAAAUUACUAUUAAUUAUAAGUAACUACUGAAUAUAUAAUAUUACCAGUUUAGGAAUGCACAUGAAACAAAUAUAAAAAAUGGUAAAAGAAUAAGAGCUAAUAGGACACUGGGUCUGGAAAGGGAGUGAGCAGGAGCUAGCCUGUCCCUCCUAGAUCAUCUUCACAUCCAGCCUAUAUUGUUGCUAUCUGUUGGCUAUGUAAUGGUUCAGAAUAAGUGAAUUUGUGAUGUUGGUCCACUUUCUAGUUGAGCAGAAACCAUAACCAAAUUAUCAUCACAACACACAUUGUGCUUUGGUUGGCAAUCUCAGCAGAGGCACCAAAGAUUGAAUGGGCCAGGUAAGUGAGCUAUUUUCUCACCAGUAGGGAUAGCUGUUCCAUAUACAAGGUCCAGGCAUAUGGGUGAGAAGGUAGAAGUGCCACUCACUGCCAGCUAUAUUUCUUGAUUUAUUUUUUUUUACAACAAAGCCUAACUAACAAAAGUGAAUUCAGGGUUGUGGUGCCCAACUUGAUGGGCCUUGGGCCUGUUUUUCAGGAGUGCUGUGCAUUCACAGCUCUUCUGGACUUCAGCACAAGUUGUGAGGGUUCAGCAUUUUUUAAACCAGAUCCAAAGGAUGUCAAGUCAGGGAACAAGGUUCCCAAUAUUAAUGGCUACUUUUGAAGUAUUUGUUCCAGUACAUAGAGCCUCAGUCUCUGGUGCCAACAGUCCCCAUGCUGCUUUCAGAAUCUUUUAUGUUUACAUUAUAACCUUCUGAAAAGGAAAAUAAUUGGAUAUUUUUUGCACUUGAACUAAUGCUGUUUAUGGUUGGUUUGUGUUUUGUUUUCCUAAAAAGCACUGGGUCAACUUCUACCCCUAUCUACAACUCUGGAGUCUCCUAUUAUUUCAGGGUAUAAAUGAAAAGCAGAUUUUGAUCCUAGAUGUUCAAUCAAAGCUUUAUAUCAAUUGUUAUAUUGAGAUACAUAUGGACACCAAGCUACUGUGCAGUUCUAGAAAACUUACUUAUCAUUUCCUGAGUAUUUUACAGUUAUUCAGUAAUUAAAUGUGACCCAAAAAAACCCCAAACCUGCACAGGUUUAGAUUGAAUGAAUCCUACUUUAUUAAGUAAUAAGUCCAAGAGCUAUCAUGUUACCUAUAUUCUUUGCAUUGUUGGAAGACAAGAAUAGCAGCACGUUUAUCCUGUAAGUACAUAGCAUGUAAUGAAUACUGAGUUACCAGUGGCAGAAUUAUAUUUGUUAGUAUUACUGAUGGCAGUAAAAUCUCACAGCUUUACAGAUCCUUAGAAUGAGGUGAUCCAACCCCAAGAAGCUAUCUAUGUAAAUUAAACGCAAAGAAUACAGACCAAACAUGCAGCCUGUCUCUCUUCACCCUUGCUCCAACUUUUACACCAGUAUAACUUCACUGAAUUUCACUGUAGCCUUUCCUAACUUACAUCAUAAUAAGCAGGAGAAGAAUAGCACCAUGAUAGGCAAGAUGAAGGUCAAGUGACACACUGUUUUAAAGAAUGAGUGUUCUGCACUUUGACAGCAAUGAGGAAGGAGAAGGAGGAGGAAGUGUUAUUGAAAGAUUUUUCCCUGUAGAGAUGUUUAAGAGGGUUAUGAAUGAAGUAUCAACCCUUGGUCAUUCAAAAGAAGUUGUGGUAAUGUCCCACAAUAGGAGACAGGCCAGUGCACAUGGAUUUCUUCUAAGAUUCAGCAGUCAAAUUACACCACUCAUCUUUCACUGUCUUGUUACUAGCUAAGGCUCAGAUUCUAAUCUCUCUCAGCAGCAUACACUAAACAUUGAAAUUAAUGUAGUUACUGUGAAUGUAUAUGGCAUAAAUGAGAUCAGUCUAGUGCUAAACUGUCAAGUCACUGUUAUUUUCACCUCUUGUUAACAGCUACAGAAUAUUUCUGCUCUGCAUAUACUAAGCCCAUAAUAGGAAGCUUGUGUGCAAACAUUUUAAUACUAAUAACUAAUAUUCUGACUGGGCUUUUGUCACAAUGAAAACUUUGUAGAGAAAGACACAAUGUAUUGCAUUUGUGCUGGUGACAUUGAAGAACUGAGAAAAACUGGUUCAUGUAAGCAGCUGAGGUCAACAAUUAGUUAGCACUGACCACACAUGAUGUAAUUUGAAGAGUUUAGAUCCCAUGAAGAAUGCCACUGUGUAAAAACACGGUGUCAAGAAGCAUUAGAGAUUCUAUGACUGUGUUUUCUUUGUAAAUGGUUUGCUUGAUGUCAUUUUUUGAUCCAACUGAGCAGUAACUUAUUUGACUUUGCACUAAAAAUAUAUUCUGCCUUGUUUAGCAAAGGCUACAACAACAAAAAGACCCAUGCCAAAAUUUUCACAUUAGUCAUUAUCUUUUACCUGUCCAUUUAAUAACUACAAUGCUAAGUAGAACUUUUCACCAAUGAAAUAUGGGAACCCUAAAACUGUAUUCUAAAAUAACUGAAUAUUUUAAAAUUUAUCCUGUUUUUAACUUUAUUUAGCUUCCAAUUCCUUCCCAGUCUUGUAGCUUCACAUACGUUCAAACUAACACACAGGCUAUUUCAGAGAGAAAUGCAAGUGGCAACAUUUUUCUUCAAAAUUCUGGAAAGCUGAAGUGUUGCACCUUUUCUUCAAAGACAUUAAACAUGCAGACCCAAUUCUCAGCAGCCUGCAGGCAAAAUGUGCCAUGACUGCAAAAGAACUUUUACUACAGGACAACAGGAUUCAGCUCUCUUGCUUCGAAAGCAAAUAAAAAGUAUACCUUUUGAAUGUCUGAUGUAUGUAACUGUAGAGGGAAAAAUAUAGUACACGCUUGGAAAAAUAAGCCAGUAUAUGCAGGCUUUCACUGAGUACUAUUUAAACAGUUGCUAGUUCUGUGUAUAGUGACAAAAGCACUGCCAAAAAACCCACAAAAUCCACAUAACUCCUUAAGAACCUGCUAUUAAUACUAGAAGGAUUAAAACAUUAGUCUCCAGAAAGUGAUUUCUUUUAUCUACUAAAACUGUACCUAAGCAAACAUGUGAAGCAAAGCCUAAUAAAACAUUUAAUUGUUAAAUACUGGACAAGUCAUUCAGUGUCAUCUUACUAUUUUAAAUAUAAAAAUAUUAACUUUGAGCCUUAACACUGUAUUUUUUCUUGAUUAAAUUGGAGUCUCUAUUUUUGUUCCAAAGUCAUCCUUAAUGGGAGAAAAGGGGUUAAUUAAAGUUCUAAUAUAUAUUUUAAGUGCAUAUGGAAGAUAUAAACACCUGACUGUUUAAUAAUGUAUGCCCCUCACCUCACCAAAACUUAAAUAAAUGCUUUGGAGUUGAAUACCAGAGUGUCUGGCAUGUCUGCAGAGAUUUAUUUGCAACUGGGCUCCUCAGGACUCGUCUUAUAGAACAGUUGAUGAAGUCAAUUGAAGGUCCACAGAGAGAGCUCCUAAAGAAUCAGGCCCUAAAUAACUUAGAGGAAAAUUUGACCAUGUUACUUGUCAAGUGUAUAUUAACUGUGUUUCCAGUAAGCAACAGUUAUAAAAUAUAGAAGCAAUCUUUAAAAAAAAUUGAUAUAGCUAUUUCAACUGAAGUGAAUAUGCUAAAUAUGCUUGUGUUUCACUUUGUGCUCUUGCUCUUUUAGCGAAAUUCUCUUCCGCUCCACCAGGUUUUGAAUGACGAGGUGUAGACAGGGGAACCAGUGCAGGAUUAGAGAGGAUAGAACUAUCCUUCUCACUGGCUCAGUUCUGUAAGGUGCUAAGCAUUCUGGUCCCACUCAAGGCAAGCAGUUAAGUAUAUAUCUAAUUUUAAGUAAGGGUAGUCCCAGGAGAAGUCUGUGGGACAACCUGCAUGCUUAAAAUUAACAAACUUGGCUAGAUCCUCAGAAUGUUCCGCAUUUACAAGAUCGAGUUACAAGCCAAAGUCACAGAUCCAGCCUGUAACCACUACAGCAACCUAUGGAUUGCAGUAGCCACUGAUAUCCACUUUGCUCAGAAGGUUUGAGUCAGGUGAGCCAUGCAGAUGGUAGAUCUGCUAGCCUUGUUAAUCAUUCAGCCUAUAUUUAGCUCCCCUGAGAAUGCCUAGCAAGUGGGCCACUGUAAAGUUUGGGAAAAUGUUAUGUAGCGGCUUCCAAAAUGUCUUUGUACAGUUUUUGUUAAAAAGGGCAUUUUGGACAUGCCAAGUCCUGGUUGUGUUUGGGGCAGUGAGCAUGGGCAAGUGGAAUGAAAGCUAGUCAAACAUGCAAUUCACAUACUGAGGGUUUCAGACUAUUUUGCUCUUCUUCCGCAUGUGAGUUUUUACUGUGAAUGAUUCAGCACACUUCUGUGAAGGGGUCCAGUAUCAGACUUUGCAAUUAAUUUAAAAUGAGCCAUGUGUAUAAAUAAGGACAAGGAUGUACUCCACUUCAUGCAACAGUCCUGAUUUUGCUUUCUUAUAUACCCAUAUUUCUCAGUCACUGCAUAACUUGACUUCAGUUGGUUUCUGUGACUGUUAGUUAAGAAGCUGUAUUCUCAGAUAUAGUUCCAUAAGCAAAGAAGUGGCUCUCAUAUGUUUCAUAACAUCUGCUGGAAGUACUAGACAGCUGCAGAAAAUCCUGUGAGAUUAACACUCUG